GCCGCUACACAUCUCUAGCGCUUUGCGGCAUUGGAGCAAAUUUUCGCAAAAUUUGCGAUACAAUUUGUACGUGUGAGUUUGUUAACAAAUCGAUUGUUUAAAUGGUGUAAAUAGCAUUAAACAAUUUGCUCCGUGCGUGCUUCAUAUAUGUGAACAACUUUUGCACGUCCUGCGAAAGUAGCAAAAGCAGCGAGCACUAGAUUGAAAAAGUGCUGCUCAAGUGCAGUAAAGUGCAAUCGUCAAUGUUAAUCGCGCUCUUUGCGCUUGCACAUUUGCCAAUCUUUCGUAAGCCAUUGCAAUCAUUAUCAAGGUGUGGCAAAGGCAAAAGCAAUACAACAAUAGCAACAACAACAACAACAAGCAACGCUCACUUAGCGGCAUUAACAAGUAACUGUAAUUCGCAGACAACUGGAGAUAUAAUUCUAAUUGGAACCCGCCUCAAUAUGAGCAACAGUAACGAACAGGAUAAAGGAGCAGCAGAAGCUGUCGGCGCGAUCGUAGCUGCCAAUGGCAAUCAGACGGAUCCGAAGAAAAUCGAAAUAAUCAACUUUAAACCUUUUGAUAAACAAUGCUGCUAUAGCAUCAAAACGAAUCACACGCGAGUUUAUGGCUGCGGCGGUUCUCAUACGCGCGGUUCCUCCAAGGUGAAGCUCAAGAAUGUCGUUGACUAUAAAUGGGAGCAUAAAUACUAUUAUCCGGGUCAUUUGGUGGCAGUGCAUCGUGAUGGCAAGCAUCUUGCAUAUGCUAUCAAUGUUAACAACAAAGCCACCGGUAUGGAAGGCAUGGUGCGUGUGUGCAACACGAGCACCAGCCAGCGGGCACUCAUUAAGGGCAUGAAUGGCGAGGUCUUGGAUCUACAAUUCGCACACAGCGAAAGGGAGCGUAUCCUUGCGGUCAUUGACAUGUGUUCGCUGUUUGUGUAUAAGAUCGAUCUAAUCGAUAGUAAUUUAAUAUGCAAACUUGUGCUGAAAGUGGAUGACCCCAUUGCGAACUAUGUGCCCGAAUAUGAUAUGGUCUCCUGGUGUCCCUAUGUAACCAACGGCAACAGCAGCAAUAACAACACUAGUGCAAACACUGCUACUGGCCAUGAAGAGGAUGAUGAGAAUCAACUAUUAAUUUGGUCGCGCAGUAAACAGUUCCAAUGCUUCAAUGUUAGAAUGAUCAUAUCAGAGUAUGGUCGUGGGCAGAUAAAACCCUCGUCUCUAGAAACGGGCUAUUUAAAGAUAGAAGAGGAUACGUUAAUAACCUGCGCUGCUUUAUCGCCUGAUGGCACGACCGUUGCGGCUGCUUGUCUGGAUGGUUUAGUUCGUUUCUAUCAAAUUUAUUUGUAUGAUGUGCGCAAUCAUCGUUGUCUGCACGAAUGGAAACCGCACGAUGGCAAGCCGGUGGCCUCGUUGUUCUUUCUAGAUAAUAUCAACAAGCCAGUGGAGGAUGCCUAUUGGCAGUAUGUUAUCACCACCAGCGAUCAUAAUACAGAGAUCAAGUUGUGGAAUUGCUCUCUAUGGGAGUGCCUGCAAACGAUUAAUGUUAUGGCCUCGGUACCCUCGAGUGUUCAGCCGAGCAUGUUUAUAGCUGGUAUUGAUCGCAGUGCCAACUAUUUGGUUAUAUCCAGUUUGGAUGCGUUGGCUGUCUAUGUCAUGCAAAUCAGCAGCUGUGGCGGCAAUGAACAAGGCAGCGAUAGUGGAGAUUCGGAGAAUGGCUGUGAUGUUCAUGGCUCGAGCAGCAGCAUCGCGGGCUCCAACGAUCCAUCCAUACGCAUACAAAAUAUAGCCGAGUUCAAGUUAAGCUCGGGCAUACUCUCCUUUUCCAUAGUGAACGCGAGCAUGCGUCGUCUGAAGAGCACCAAUGAGAGCUAUUAUCCAUUCGAAGAGCCCGAUGAUUAUGAUGACGAGAGCAACGCAACUACUGAUGCUUUGGUGGUUCAUAUGUUCGUGGUACAAGCCAAAAGCUUGCAGGAAUGCCAGAUUAUUUACCAGCCCUGCAAGCCAACAAGAAGUUUGAAUAGCAGCAAAAGCAGCGCAAAGAAACGUUCUCUGUCCCCAGAUAACCUGCUCCAUGUUACUGAGAUUAAGCAGGAGCAAUUGAGUAACUCGCCGAAUUCGCAUAACAGCAGCACAGGCAGCGGCUCGAGCGCUGUGCCACUCGAUGCCCUUUUUGGUAAAUCAAAACGCAAUUCAGUUGGCUCGGUAGUGUCGGUUGCUAUUGCUGCUGCGGCUGCACCAUCGGCCAUACUGCAGGAGCCUGCAACAACUAACAAAUCACGUUCAGCUUCGCCACAGUAUGGCAGUAACUAUUCGCAGCUGAAUCUCAUGACUCCGGAUGCAUUUAGCGCUAGUGCGGCGAGUAUUGUGCUUGUCAAUCGAGAUGGAGCUGAGACGAACACAACAACCACGACAGAUCAAUCGCCCAUCAAUUCUCAGGUGCUGCAGACAUUGCGGAUGUUGGCCACGGUCACAGCCAAGGGUACAGAGACAGCCAACACCAAUCUUUUGAAUCUGAUCAACAACACGCACAUUGAGGAUCGCGAGCAACAAAAGCUGAAGGAGCAAACGGAUGCCCGUAAGAAGUUUAUAGCCAUUGAUCGAAAUCCGGAACGCAACGCAGCGGAGAAUUUAGCAAGUGGUGGUUCCAGUCCAAGUCGUGAAGUGCAAGAGAUAAUGGCAACGCAAGAGGAUACAGAUGACUACGAACCGGAGCUGGUAGAUAUCGAAUAUGAUGAGGAUAAUCCAUAUUUUAUGAUUUGCAAAACAGAAAAUAAAACGGACAAUGAGAUAACCAAUUCGUCAACUGUCGAGGAAGCUGCUACAACAUCAAAUUGGUUGCCCCAGGAUGCAAAGCUGCCCACUAAAAAAUCGGCUGAAUUGCAAAAUGCGGCCCAAAUUAUGUCCCAAGCGGUGCAGCAUAAAAACAAUGGCAAUGUACCGCCAACCUUGGGCAGCAACAGCAGCAAUAGUAACAACAACACGACAACAACAUUGAACAGCAGCAACAACAACAACAGCAGCAACUGCAGUCAUCCAAUAGUUGAGAGCGCCACAGAAGUAAAUGCGAAACUGGAACAACUUUUGGAAAUGGUAAAAGCGCAAUCAGAGCAGCUUAAUAAACUCGAGCACGAGAUCAACAAGGUGCAACAGCAACAGCAGCAACAGUUGUUGCAACAAUCGAGCGGCAGUACAGCUGCUGCCUUGCAGCCAAAGAGCGUCAACGAACUGGCAUACAAAAUCGAAAUGCAAUUAUCCAAACUAAUGGAGCAAUAUCUGAAGCGUUACGAGAACGAACACAAAAAGAAACUAACCGAGUUUCUGCACGCACGUGAGACUCAAAAUCGUGAGCUGCGUGAUUCGGUGCUGCAAGUGCUAAAUCAAUAUGUCAUGAAUCACUUUACGGACAUUAUUGGUAACGUUUUAAAUAUGGAGCUGCAGCGGCAGUUGCUGCCGCGUGUCAACGCGAAAAUGGAUCAAUUGCAGAAUCAAAUGCAGCUGGAAAUAGUGCAGAAAUUAAAUGUGUUUGACAAGACGGUAAAGGAAAAUAUAGCACAGGUGUGCAAAAGCAAGCAAUUCCUGGAUGCCUUUGGCAAAUCCGUGCUGAUUGGCGUGCAGACAAGUCUGCAGACGGCGUUCAUCGAAUCAAUGAGCAGCACUUUAAUCCCAGCCUACGAGAAGUCAUCGCAGAAUAUGUUCAAACAGUUACACGAGGCAUUCAGCGUGGGCAUAAAAGAUUUCAUGGUGGAAUUCAACGCGUAUCUACAGCACAUACCGCAGCCGCAUAAUGGUGAAGAAUUGAGUAACAAGCUCGGCCUCUUAAAGCAACUGGUGGAGACAAAUCUACUAAAGCAUCGCACUGAGUUAACCGAUGCGAUGCUGGAGACACAGCGCGAAGUAAAAAGCUUGGAGAUCUUGCUCGCUCGCCAGGUGCAGGAGACCAUACGCACUGAGCUGCGCAAGCAUAUGGAUAAUCAGAGUAUGGCAUUACGGUCCCAGGCAGCAACGCCCGCGCCCACAUACGAUUUGCGAGAGAGCAUAAAACAAUUGUUGCUCGCCAAUCAUAUUAAUAAGGCCUUCCAUCAAGCAUUGCUGGCCAAUGAUUUGAAUCUGGUGGAAUUCACAUUGCGAAAUACAGAUCGAAUGCAGGUCUUCACGCCCGAUGGCUGUCGACUCGAGCAAAAGGUUUUGCUGUCGUUAAUACAACAAAUAUCUGCAGACAUGAGCAACCACAAUGAGCUGAAGCAGAGCUACCUCAAUGAAGCACUGCUAGCCAUUAAUAUGUCGGAUCCCAUCACACGUGAGCAUGCACCGAAAGUGCUAUCCGAGCUCUAUCGCAAUUGUCAGCUGUUCAUCAAGAAUUGUCCCAAGAGUCCGCAAUGCAGCAAUGUACGAUUGCUUAUUGCCAUGUGCAGUGCAACAUAUCGUGAUCAAUUUAAAUGAUAUAGCGAGAUGACUACCCAUCCCAUUAGUUGGCACUGACAACAACUCAGUCCAAGCCCGACACAUACACCAACUCACACACACACCCACACACAGCACACGCGUUUGUAGUUAAGCAGCGUUAGCAUCGUCUUUAGCUCUAGCUUCAAUUUGAAGCUUUUCCUCAAUAUAUAUCUACUAUAUCCUUAUUGUCGUAAGAUGAAAGUUUUAGCCUCAAUUUUUUCAUAUUUCGUUACUAUUUGUUUGUGUGCGUGUCUUUGUUUACAUUUUAAAUUUUUAUACUUAUAUCUAGAUCUUAGCUCUUGUUCUUUAUGUUUUCGAAAAAAAAGUAUAGUAUAUAUAUUAAAAUUGAUAAAAGCAAAAAUUUGAGGAACGUGCGUGAUCAACAAAUUGCAAUAAGUUUAUCUAUUUUGACAUAUAAUUUUUUACAAACAUUGAGUAUUUUUUCGUUGCGCAAUUUCAUUUUCCAUUAUAAUGACGCUUAUCGAAGAGGCAAAUAAAUGUUAAAAAGCAGA